GGGGAAAUUCGACCCUUCACACCACGAGAAUUGGGUGUUUCAAUCGCCUUGAUAAGUCUGGGAGGAAGCCGGCCAGCCAGCUACAUAGGAGUAGACGAACGCAGCCACUCAUCCGACACUUCGAUAUCGAGAGCAUAGCCGAAUCCUUUUUUUUUUUUUUCCCUCCCGGGGACUCGUUAGUCGCAUUGCCGAACCCUGCUUAUUAUUACCUACGCCCUACCUCUCACAUGGCACUCUUGACCCUCCUGUGCCCUGCCGUCCCACGCUGACCGUGCAACGCCGAGCCGCCCUUCCACCAAUCCGCCCAACCGCAUACCCGCCUCAGCUACUAUCAUGCAUCGUUCCCCAGAGCAGGCCCGAAGGCCCCAGAAACAACGCCCCGAACUGAAUCUGAACACCGCUGCUGCCGCCAGCAGAUCGCGCGAUGUAGCUCCCGAGUCUCUCCCCUCAAGAAAGUCCUUUGUUCCUCCCAAGGGCAAGCCGCCGGUCUCCAACCGUGGUCUCAAGCUACCAUCGUCUGCUUCUGCUACCUAUGCCAAGCGCAACUCGGAGGAAUCUUUCCUCGACCAUGAUUCUCCAGUUGAUGGUGAAAGAGUCGAACCCGACUAUCGUCGCUUUCGUCCGCCCAGGGACUCCCAUGAUCUGUCUUUACCCUCCCAGAAAUUUACACGGGAUUCUCUUCUCGGAAAUAUGCUAAAUUCUCUCGACCAAUUCUCUCUAAGUCAGAUCAACCCAUCAAUUGCUUCCGCGUCUGAAGACGACGGCGAUCCGUACGGUGUACCAAGAGGCGAUACCUUCACGAGAUCCAUGGCCAGCACCUCCCGUCCACCAAACACUUACACAGCUGGAAAUCCCCACGCGCAUGGCUACAGCUACAGCUCAGACUUUGAAGGGUUUGAUGACGCUGCUAGCAGAAUAUCUAGUCAAGUUUCACGUGGGCGCCGUAGUGAUAGUAGCUCAGGUUUUCAAUCUGGCUUGCCAAGGAUCAACAGCAUGCGUGAACGGAGUCAUCCAGGCACGCUCCACACCAGAGGCGGCAAGGCGAGCAAAAGUAGCAGCCUUAAUAGCUUUGACGUAGUAAGUGGUGGUGGGUAUACCCAGGCUUUGCCUUCGCAACGGUGGGGUCAUGAGGUUGGUGGUAGGUCAUCCAGCUUCGAUUACGGUGAACGGCCGUCUCUUAGCUCGCCGGGUCCCGAAAAGACCGAGUUCUCAAAUAGUUUCCUGGUUGACGAUUACGAAGCAGCCCCUAAUCCCACCGUCCCCGGCGGCCCUCGUCGCCCGCUGUUGCCGUCUUUCUCGGCCCCAAGCCCAACAGCCCCUCCGUCGGAGUACGAACCUAAGACCCCCGACCGGAAAAGGGAUGCCAAAUCUCGGAGCGGUGCAAAUAAGACCACACAAUCGAAGUUUGCCACUUCGCGUGACGCAGCACAACCUCCCUUGCCUCCACCUGAUGUCGACUCAGCUCCUGCACCUCUUGUUGGCUAUGGAAAAUCUAAAGAUCCUCCACAAGCCGCACCAAGUCCUGCUCCGCCAAUUAAGGAGAAGCAGGGCUUUUUCAGCAGAUUAUUCGGGUCUCGAUCGAGCCCGAGUCCUGCAGCCGAAUCAUUUAAUAUGCCGGCUGCUUCAGUGGCUCCUGAAUCGUCUCAGAGUGGUACAAGUAGGAUGGAUCAUGUCGCAUCUCAGAUGAAACCUUUAUCCGCUCCGCCGACGCGUGACUCGGAGUCAUCUCGCCAGAUGCCACAUGUGAUUCAAAAGAAGUCCUCAUUCUUCAGGAGAAGGAAAAAGUCAAUCGCCGAGCCACCGGUGCCACCGCUCCCUGUCCCUCAUCAAAUUGACAUAAGUAAAACGAUGGACGCCUCAAUUCCCAAGGCCGAACCAAGUCCUGUUAGUAGCCUGCGACAAGUGAUGAGUCCGUACCUGAGAGGCAGCAACCCUGCCACGCCUCGAGAUUUGUUGACAUCACAACGAGAUAGUAUAAUGCACACCUUUGAAACAGAGGCUCGGGGAGAAGAUAAUCGAAACGUUAGAGGCUUCUCCCCUGAAUAUGAGCCCACUCCAAACGCCACCAUUCGAACUGUAAAAUCAACGUCGGCGUUGAAGAAUCAUGAUUCACGAUGGCGGAGUCAAUUGGAGAGCCCUCUGCGUAAUCCGCCAGAUGUGCCCGCUAAGCUACCAAAGAGUCCGGAGUCAACAACCUUCUUACACGAUAGCAGCGAUGAGGGCGAAAGAGGGAAACAAUCUGCGCGCAAGCAAAGACAGCGAGCACAGACAGGAAAGCAUGACUCGACAGGCGCGACCCUCAAGUUGAAGACAUUGUCUCCAGAACAGCAAGACGCCGCAGGACUUGACUCAUUAAAGCCCGAACCUUCAGCAAAUCUCCCUCUUCAAAAGCACACGAGUCAACAGGACCAGAGUCCAGGUAGCCGUGAGGCUCCCAUUACAAGCAUGAGUAACUCUUCAUCUCGCCCUAUGUUGAGUAGAUCGGCGAGCAACGUGCCAAGUGUCACUAUCGAUAGCUCACAAGCAAGUCCUCAAGUGCCUAGUGGUCCUCUGGAUGAGCCUGAGGUGGCGCUGGGAGAGCCGACCGAAGACGAGCGUCAAAAAGCCCAGGGUAUCUAUGAUGGUGAUGAGGACUUCAUACAGAAAGAAAAAGCAGCUGCUUGGAUGGGAGAAGAGGGUCCGGUGCGACAGCGAACCCUACGGGCAUACAUGGAUCUGUAUGAUUUCGAGAAUGAGAGUAUACUGGCUGCCCUCAGGCAGGUCUGUUGUCGCCUCGUAUUCAAGGCGGAGACGCAGCAGGUGGAUCGUAUCUUGAUUGCAUUUUCAAAGCGUUGGUGUCAAUGCAACCCGAAUCAUGGAUUCAAAACAAGAGAUGUUGUCCAUACUCUUUGCUAUUCGAUCAUGCUUCUGAACACCGAUCUGCAUAUAGCAGACAUUGAUCAAAAGAUGACUCGAAGCCAAUUUGUCAAGAAUACCAUGUCAACUGUUACUCGAACAGUAGUUGGCUCGGCUCCCGAAGCAUUGAAUCCCCGGGCUAGCAUUCUGCCGCCGAAGAACUCUUUGCUUGGCUCUGCUGAUUUGGACACAUCUACAACUGCUGAUGGUGAUCAGGAAAAGCCAAGCUGGAGGGCGUCAUUUAAACCACUUCCCCGCUCCGAAUCGUCACUUGGCAUUCACACAGACUCAGGAACAGGUAGUUCGGAUACGUGUGGUCCUUUGGUGAAGGCUCCCUUUGAUGGCAAUAUUAGGGCCUGGGAAGGCCAAGUUGAGAUUGUGCUCAAAGACAUCUACAUGUCUAUUCGCGACGAGAAGUUGCCUCUGUUUGGGGCUGACUCAAGCUACCAACAACCACAGCCAACGGGUGGGCUAGCCGUGAUUAGCAGACUUAAACGGAGUCCCAGUGUGUUAAGCAAGGCGCCCUCGGAAAGCCAGGCCUCUCUCCGUGGACGGAUUAAUGACACCGCUCGUAUUCAAGCUGGUCGAUGGAGUUCUAAGAGUAGAUCUCGCGCAAGGCUUGGUAAUGGGUUCUCUUCAAGCCGGACGAGUUUCGAGGAUGAGAGUUCAUUCUGGAGCCCCGCUACUUCGUCUGCUACUUGGAGUCGACACUCCCUUGGUCGAACACAGACAUCGAUGUCUAUAGACUCCAUCGGCUCAGGAUAUCCUAAUGGCGAUUACCAGCAGUCUAUUGGAUUUGCCAAUGCUCUAAGCCAAGCCAUCAUUCGAGAUGAUUAUCCUGUUGGUAAUAGCGCUCAGUCCAUUAUGAGCGAUGAUUUCCAGGGCACUCAGCUCCUUGAAGACGAAUCACUCGAGCUUCUCGGACCCCCAUGGGUCAAAGAGGGCAUCGUCACCCACAAGCAUCAUCUCGAUGGCUUUGACAAGAAGGCUAAGGAUCGCAAUUGGGUCGAGGUGUUUGCUGUAGUUCAGAAGGGAACAUUGAGUCUCUUCUCAUUCUCCACCAAAUCGAUGCGUCAAAAGGCCCGCACUGGCCGAAAGCCUGCUGCUGGAGCCGUAGUAGGUGGUGGUAAUUGGCAAGAGAAUGCUACGAGCCUGGGUUCCUUCUCCCUAAAGCAGACGCUUGCUUCUGCGCUCCCUCCUCCUGGUUAUUCCAGGGCGCGCCCCAACGUAUGGGCCUUAAGUCUCCCGUCUGGUGCUGUACACCUUUUCCAAGUCGGUACGCCCGAAAUUAGCAAGGAAUUUGUUCUUACAGUCAACUACUGGAGUGCACGACUGAGCACGCACCCGCUGAUUGGAGGCAUCAGCAAUAUAGAGUAUGGUUGGAGUGAUGCUGUAAUCAACAAUGCCUUGAUCAUGCCAAUGGAUGAACCGGCUGUACCACAACGGCCCGGCAGCGCUGCGGCUGGCCGGACAAGUACACAUAGCCGUCAAGGAAGUCGACAAAGCAGCUUGCGUUCGUCCUUUGACGUAGGUGGAAACGUCCGCACUAAGCUACCAGGUGAUCGGAUCCAUAUCGCUGAGUGGGCACCGCCAUCGCAAUCUUUGCGGCCUAGCCAAUGCUCCGAGUCUGAGCAGCUCGAGACUUUGGUAGCCUACGUAAAGGCCGUCGAGGUUGAGCUACAGCAACAUAACCAGCUGAGGUCGCCAAUGCUUCUAGCAUUUACGCCUCGUGGUCACAACGCAGCCAAAGCCAUGGCGAACUGGGAACGGAAGAGCAAUUACCUUCUUCGAGAAAUCAUCAAGUUCAGAACCUACGUCGACAGUCUCCAGCACGCGAGUGAUCGGCGUAAUGAGAUUUACGCCGAACGAGAGAAUGCGAGGCGAGCAGCCAGAGGAGAGGACAUCGACGACUCGGCGAGCGCGCAUAGCGAUGACCCCGAUGUGACGCUCAAGCCGUAAGAGUGCUGCUGCCCCAUUGGAAGUAAUAAAGGCUUUGUUCAGUCUUACUUAAUCAAGCUGAUGCUGAGACUGCCAAAGAAACGUAUCAUUGUACCUUGAUAAAAACUUUAAAUACCCCAUU